AUGGUCGAGCGAGUUAGAGAUGUCAAACACAAGGAGAAUUGUCACCCUGGAAAAACUGGAGUUGGGAAAAGCAGCGUGGCUAACACCAUAUCUGGAGGUCAACUGUUCCAGAUCGGACACAGUGUGAACUCUGAAACCAGACAAUGUCAAGCAGCAACUACAUAUGUCAAUGGAAGAAACAUCACUUUGAUUGACACUCCUGGUUUAUUCGACACAAAUCGAUCUGAGGAAGAGCUGAAGUCUGAAAUAUUGAGGUGCGUCACAGGGUUCACUCCUGGGCCUCAUGCCUUUCUCAUUGUGCUCAAAGUGGAGAGAUUCACCGAGCAGGAGCAGGCUGUCAUCAAUAAAAUACACCGAUACUUUUCUAAUGAAGUGUUCAAGUAUGCGACAGUUCUCUUUACUCAUGGUGACCGGCUCCUCGAAGGACAGACCAUUGAGGACUUUAUCCGUGGUAAUACGCUUGUGAGGGAUCUGGUGAAGAAGUGCGGAGGCCGCUGCCACGUCAUCGAUAAUAAAUACUGGAAGAACAACCAGCAUGAUGAAUACAGGAACAACCAGGUCCAAGUGAGGGAGCUCCUCAACACAAUAGAUGAGAUGAUUGAGGAAAACCAAGGAAGAUGGUACACCAAUGAGAUGCUACAACCUCUGAGGGAUCCAUUCAUAUUGAUUGCAGGUGUUGCAGGUGUUGCAGCUGCUGCAUUGUUGGGACUUUUCCUUGGUCAAAGAUGAGGGAAGACGAAAGUGUAACAGCAGCAUCAGGGCUGUUUAUUGGCACGAAUCUGGCAAUGGGAUAUUUAUAAUGGGGUUACAAGUCAAUAUAUUGAAGUACAUAAAUUACAAUACUAUAAGCAAGGAGAUACAGUGGGAUUAAAACAAAAUCUUUUAGGGUGUUUAAACUGAGUGUUUAAACUUAAUACGUGUUUGGUAUCACCUGAAAUAAGUCAGGUACUGAAAAGUAGCAUCAAAUGUCUUCUCGAUGAGAUAGUUUCUUAAUUUAAAUCAUAUCUGUUGUAGAUCUGCAACUAACAAUUACUGGCAUUGUCCAUUAACCUGACACAUAUUUCCCUCAAUCACAGAAUAGAAAAAGUGCCAAAAAGAGUGAAAAGGUGUCAUAAUUUCUCAGACAACGACAAACGUUUACGAGUAUCAACAACUGUCAAGUACAGUAAGAAGUCCAACACAAAGGCCUUUUUGUUUAUUCAUAUUAGAUUCGUCGUCAUUUAAGUUUCUUUCUUUUUAUUGAGCGUUUUAUUGUGUGUUUUGGUCUCAUAGCACUUUAUUCUUCGCAUAUAAUCUCAUAUUAUUUAGUGUAAAUUGAAUGAUGACAGCCUCAAUGUGUUUUUCCUUCAUGUGUCAAUAUGUAAUCAUCACAUGUUCUUUGUUGACUGAAUGGUAAGGAGAAGUAAAUAAUUGAACUCUUGGUUCACCUGA